GGGAAUGAUAAACCUAACGAGGGAAAAUAUAAUUUUUCAUUGUGCAAUAGGGUGAAUGAAAAGUGGAAUUAGAGGGAAUGAAAACCGAAGGAGGGAAAUGAAUAUCAACAACCGACUGGGGUGUGCUUCUGAAGAAUUAUCAACGAGGGAUUAAGCCCAUCGCAAUUCCGUCGGAGAUUCCUUGGGUGUUGUGUACUUGGAGUAGCAACAGUAUUUAUGUUUAUUGUAUGGAGAGUUUCAAAUUUGUCGUGGUUUGUAUCAACCAAGAAGUUAAGGAAGCACUUAAGAGAUCAAGGACUCAACGAUAGUUCUAACAAAUGCAUGUCACGAGAGGGAAAAGAGAUGGCGCAGACGAAAACCGAAGCCAAAUCAAAACAAUUUAGUCUAACUCGAGAUAUGGCUCCUCGUGUCUCUCCUUUCUUUUAUAGAUCAAUUAAUACUCAUGAGUUUCAGGUUGGAGAUAAAGUUAUGUUAAAGGCGUCUUCAUGGAAGGGGAUUGUUCGAUUUGAAAAGGAUGGGAAGUUCAGUCCGCAUUUCCUAGGACCAUUUACAGUGCUCGAACGUGUAGGAUCACAAGCCUACAAAUUGGACCUUCCACAUGAGAUGCAUGAGAUUCAUGACACAAUCAAUGUGGGUUAUCUGUACCCAUGUAAGCUAGAGCAACAAAAUGUAAAUUCAUUGUCUGAUGUUCAGAUAGGCAAGAAGACUAUGUGCAUAGGGGAACCUAAAGCUAAUCUUGAUACAUUGAUUAAAAGGCUUCGAAGUAAGCAAAAUUUGCAUAAUGUAAUUCCAUUGUCUAAUGCACAAAUAGAUAACAAGAAGAGGUACGUAGAAGAGCCUGUAGAAGAACCUGAAGCUAUACUUGACACAAAACUUAUGAGUCUUCGAAAUAAGCAAAUUUUACUAGUCAAGGUUCAGUGGAGGCAUCGUCAUGGAGUCCAUGUUACUUGGGAACCUAAAGAGGAGAUCCAAAAGAGAUACCCUAAGUUGUUUGUAUAGCUGAUUUCAAGGAUGAAUUUUUUUUGUAAGAAGGUGAAUUAAAGUUUAUAUUUUGUACAAAUAUUAACUUUUUUCUGUUUUUAGAUAUUAAAUUUAGACAAGUAAUAAAGUGAUAAUUAUGUAAUACGAUGAUAUUUUCUAUUUGGAUAAAAGAAUGAUUUGGAAUUG